UUGGCUCAGUGAAGGAAAUUGCUUCCUGAUUUACGAAGAUGUACAAACUGCCCUAGACAGGGCUAGGGAGAGGAUCCCUGAGAGUCGGGGGUCCCGCGGAGUGUCACUCGGUUCCAACGGUCCACAUCCUUCCCCGGGCGUGGAGCGCGGAUGCCCCCCGGCGUCACAGCGCCGGAGCUCCGCAACUUCCAGCGCCGGCGGGACCGCCCCCGGGGCGGGGCGGGGCGGCUCCCGUCUGGCGAGCCCCCGCCCAGCUGACCCGCAGCUCUCCCCCUCGCUCGCUGCUGCCCCGGCGUGCAGGGCCCGGUCGCCGCCAUGACGGCCCCGUUCGAACUCUCCGUGCAAGAUCUCAACGACCUGCUGUCGGACGGUAGCGGUUGCUACAGCCUCCCGAGCCAGCCCUGCAACGAGGUCACCCCGAGGAUCUACGUGGGCAACGCGUCUGUGGCUCAGGAUAUCCCCAAGCUGCAGAAACUGGGGAUCACCCAUGUUCUGAAUGCUGCUGAGGGCAGGUCCUUCAUGCACGUCAACACUAAUGCCAACUUCUACAAGGACUCUGGCAUCAUCUACCUGGGCAUCAAGGCCAAUGACACGCAGGAGUUCAACCUCAGCGCCUACUUUGAAAGGGCUUCGGACUUCAUUGACCAGGCCUUGGCUCAAAAGAACGGCCGGGUACUUGUUCACUGCCGUGAGGGUUACAGCCGCUCCCCGACUCUCGUCAUCGCAUACCUCAUGAUGCGGCAGAAGAUGGACGUCAGGUCUGCCCUGAGCAUUGUGAGGCAGAACCGUGAGAUCGGCCCCAACGAUGGUUUCCUGGCCCAACUCUGCCAGCUUAAUGACAGACUAGUCAAGGAAGGGAAAUUGAAACUCUAGGGCCCCUGCUGCCUCUUCUCAAGAGGUUCUCCAGGGAGGCCCUGGUUGAAGGUGUCCCAAGCCUCCAUGUCUAGAAAAUACACUGUAUCCUGCUCUCAGCAUCACAAGGCACAUGCCCACAAGUCUGUCUCUACAUAGUUCUGGGACACUUUCCCCCUGGGGAACAUAUAAAGAAGCUUGGUAAGGAGGGCAUCUUUGCUCCCUGGUUGUCCUGCUGUAACUUAUGAUGUCCUUUUCCUUGGGGGUGGGGGCUCAGAAAGGAAAGGCCUGUGGCCUGCAUGCUUCUUAAUGGCCCAGGGCAAGAGGUCUAUAGGAGUGGGAGGCCUGAGAUGCUCACAGGGGCCCCUUAUGACUUCCCUUCCCUUACCCCCAAAUUGUGUCCUGAAAGAGAACAUCAGCACUUGAGCCCUAGUAAAGGAACUAUGCAAACACAGAACCCCUCCCCGCCACAUCUGUGUCCCCAGGUAUCCCUGCAGCCUUCCACACACUACGCAUGGCAGAGUUCUCGCAUCACAAGCUCUGAGGAUGGGGCAGGGGUGUGUCUGUCAGCUGUUAGUGGAUGGAGAUUCCCAUAAGAGGCUGCAUUUUAAUUAUUUCCUUGGGAUUAAUUAGGUGGGCAACAAAUUCUCCCAGAGGACUGUUCUCAAUCCAUAGAGUUUUAAAAAUGUGAAUCUUUGAAAGGUUGAAUGCAGAAUCCACAGCUUUGGAAUA